AUGACUGGAUGCUGCUCUCAUCAACGGUGGUUGUCUCAUUCAGAACUGAGGAGAAGUGAUUCAGGGGAGAACAACUCUAUCGUACUGAAUCUGAAACCAUAUUCAACAUCAGCAUUCAAGUAUAAGAAAGGGAUGGCGAGUGCAGAGGCACUUCGUGAAACAGAAUGUGUCGUGUGCUUGACAGGCUUCAAGGAUGAGGAAUGUGUGCAGCAGCUUCCAGAGUGCAUGCACUCCUUUCACGCUCCUUGUAUAGACAUGUGGCUCUACUCCCAUUCUCAUUGUCCGCUCUGUCGCAGGCCAGUACAGCGGCUGGAUUCUCUUAAGGAUUCAUUGACAACAGAGGAAAACUCCAGGGAUGGGCUGCUAGAUAUACGCAUCUCAUCAUGA